AUGCAGUUCUACGGUUUGGGUGCGCCAGUUGCUCGCCUAUACUACCAUGAGAAGAUGAGGUCAGAUGAGUCACCAUUAAUCUACCUAUACCGACUCAAUGUGAUUAAACUCAGGAAGAAAAACAAGAUCAAGGACGGACCACCCAAGGUACAAAAGGAACACGUCGAGCACUACAACGAGACUUUGGAAGACCCGGAAUUGGCGUACCAGCUCACGAUUUUGCGUCUGGCGGGUGUGGACGAAUCGGAAGACGUGCUGAGAUCCAGGCAUAUGACGAAAGCGCGGCGACGUAAGCUACUCUUUGGAUCAAGCAAGUUUCGACAAAAGGCACCCGUACCAUCCGACCAAAAGGAGAAGUAA